AAAAUGGCCUAUACUGCUCUUGUUUCACUGGAUCAAGUACUAGACCAGAUCCUGCAUCAUGAUGAAGACGACCUCGAUCGUCACAAGGUAAGACUGUUAAAUCUACACGGAGAUAUUCUCAUGCUGUUAAAUUUACAUACGAAUAUUACCAAAAAGGCAUUCAAAUUUGAUUUAGAAGAAGAGAUCAUAGUUGCGGCAAAUCGAGCAGAGGAUAUCAUUGAGUACCAUAUUUCGAACGAAAUUCGUUCAGAAUUUUUGAAUCAUCCUCACAAAUCUGGUGGUUUGUAUUCACGCCGUUAUAACUGGGCCAGGCUGUACCAAGAGUUAACAUUUGUAAUGUUUCAAAUUGAUUCAAUUUUGAUAAAAGUGAAGCAGAUUAAAAGCAGCAGCAGCAGCAGUGACGAAAGUGAAGAUUUGAUGUCGAAUCACACCCCUGAUUUUUUGUCAUCGGUACUCGACAGAAAACACACAGUGGUGGUGGGGUUUGAACAAGACCUGAUUGAGAUAAAAGGCCGGCUGUGUGGGGAGCCAAAAUCGAAGCUUCAAAUAAUUCCAAUCUUCGGAAUGGGAGGUAUUGGGAAGACAACUCUGGCUAAAUACGCCUACGACGACCCUUUAACGGACCAUCACUUUGAUGUUCGUGUUUGGGUGACGAUAUCUCAAAAUUACAGCAAGCGGAGAAUUCUAACGGUGCUUCUACAUGCGUUCGAUCCAUCUAAAAAGGAGCAAUUCGAAGGGAUGAGUGACGCAUGGUUGGAAGAACGUGUACAUAAGUACUUAAUUUGUAGGCGAUAUCUGAUAGUGUUGGAUGAUAUGUGGAAUUUCGAUGAGUGGGAUGAUUUAAGGAGGGUAUUUCCGGAUGUGAUGAUCGGGAGCAGGAUCAUAGUAACCACGAGGGAGUUCAACGUGGCUUCCUACGUCGACUUCUCAAGGAAUCCUCACCGUAUGCAUCUGAUGGAUGUGGAUCAAAGUUGGAGUUUACUCAAAGAGAAGGUGUUUGCACAUGAAGAUGAAGAUUGCUCGGCCGAAUUGGAGAGGAUUGGAAUGUUGAUUGCAGAAAACUGCCGAGGGCUCCCUCUUGCAAUCGUAGUGAUUGCUGGAGUCCUCUCCAAGGUUGAUCGGGGGGAAAAGACUUGGGCAAAUAUCGCAAGAAAUGUAAAUGAAGCUGUAAAUACGAGCGGCGAGCCAUUCUCAGAGAUAUUGCACUUGAGUUAUACACACUUGCCUCAUCAUUUAAGGCCGUGUUUUCUUUACAUGGGCAGUUUUCCAGAUGAUUAUGAGAUCAAUGUCUCUAGACUCAUCAAACUAUGGGCGGCAGAAGGUUUUCUGAAAUCAAACACAUCUAAAGAUUUGGAACAAGUGGCAGAGGAAUAUGUGGAAGAUUUGGCCAAGAGAAGCCUCAUUUUGGUUGCUAGGAAUAGUGCUAACGGAAGAGUCAAAGCUGUCAAGAUCCACGAUCUCUUAAGAGAUCUUUGUAUAAGACAGUCUCGGGACGAGAAAUUUCUUCAUGUAAAAAAUGAGCUUUCCCCACACUCUUCAGAAGGUAUGCAGAGUUUACGACGCCUAAGUAUUUUUACAAAUAUUUGGAGCGGGUUUCCAAUCCUCUACGGCUCAUCAAUCCAUACUAUUCUUCUUUUUCAAAAUGGGACCUUAAAUUCAUUGAGAAGUUUUCAACUUCUCAGGGUAUUGGAUACAUCGAGCGUCGUGUUGACAUCGUAUCCUGUUGAGGUAGGUGAAUUAUUUCACUUAAGAUACCUCGCUUUCACCUUUGAAUACAUCGGCAAAGGCAAGUUUGAGGUGCCCGCAUCCUUAUCCAGUCUUCAGAAUCUUCAAACAUUAAUCAUUAGGCAUGUCGGUCUUGCUGCAACCACUCAUACUUCAUAUCUGCCAUUUGGGAUUUGGAAAAUGCCACAAUUAAGGCAUCUAAUCUUGUUUGAUGGUGUCUUACCCGAUCUUUCUGCAGAAACAUCUUGUGGAAUUCUAGCAUUGGAAUACUUGCAGACACUUACACGCGUCAAGAGCUUUAGGUGCUCCAAACGAAGAUUGGAAGCGAUGCCAAACCUAAAGAAGUUGGGAAUAUUUUAUUCAUUUAGCGAGAUAGACGAAACAGGAUGGUCAAAGUACGGCCUGAGCAAUCUCGUCCAUCUUCAUAAGCUUGAGAAGUUGAACUUGUAUGGGAAGUCCUUUGGUUAUGUGGACACUGAUUUAUCUCACAAUAUUUCUUUCCCAGUGGCACUGAAGAAGUUGACCUUUAGCGGAUGUGGACUUAAAUGGAACGAGAUGACAAUUGUUGGUUCGUUGCCUAAUCUUGAAGUACUCAAAUUGAAACGACACGCAUGUGAUGGAUUUGAGUGGAAAACAACCGAAGGGGGAUUCUGUCAGCUAAAGUUACUUGUGAUCGACAGCACGGAUCUCCGUGUAUGGAUAACCGAGAGAUGCCAUUUCCCAAAGCUCGAGCGCCUAGUUCUAUACGAUUGCUACAAGCUUGAGAAGAUUCCGUUUGAUAUUGGAGAGAUACCGACACUUCAAGCGAUUGAGGUGGACCUUCGGAACUCGUCAGUUGUGAACUCGGCCAAAUGUAUUGCCGAAGAGCAACUAGAGAGCUAUGGAAACGAACUCCAGAUUCGUGUCCUCAAAUCACGUACUUGGAGGUGGUGAACUUCAGGUACCAAAUGACAUUGAUUUUUCUAAUGUUAUGUACAUGAGAUAUUUGUUUGAGUAUUGUUUGCCUUAUUUUCCUAAUUUUCUUUUAUUCGCAUAAAGUAUUUUGGAGAAGUUAUUGCGAGCUAUUUUGGGCUGAUAAAUUUGUUUUGGAAGACCCGGCAUAUUGCGGAGGAAUUAGAAUGAUUGGGCAGUAGGGCAAUUUGCUAUAGACCCCUGGAUAUUAGAUUU